AUGACAGAAAGAAAAAGAGUUACCAUUGACGGCAAUCUGUACGACGUUUGCAACGAAUUUGAGUUCAAAGAACUGAUGGGAUGGGUCUUGCGAGCCCAGUGUUUGGAGACAGUCAGGGACCAUCCGGGUGUUCUCAUGUUCGAUUACUCGUCUUUGCAACAUGGAGCCGCUUACACGACAAGACCCAACAUUCAAAUCAUUCCCUAUGAUUCAGAUGAAGUGGGUGUGGCAGCUGCGGCAGCGGUCCCUCCUCGUCUGCCACUGCAGCAGCAGCAGCAUCAGCGACCGUUGGACCCUCCACAGCAGAGCCACGACCAAAGCAACAACAACAACAAAAACAAUGCUCCUCCAUCGUCACCUCACAACACUCCUCCCAGCAAUCAGUGUUCCCGGGGGACGGCUUCCUCCAUUCCCAAGGACAUUGUUGUAGUUCGAAGACGCGGAGGCACCAAGGCCAAGAAUAAGAGUAGUACUACCAGCAAGAUCAACAAUAACGCAAGAGAUAUUUCCAGAAGGUGGAGGCAACAGCAGUUUACUGUGAGCGACACUCAGAACGUUUGCGACAUUGCCCAAAAACAUACGGACAAGGGAAUCUACUUGUGUGCGCAAGGAAGGUACAAGUCUGCCAUGGCCUUGUUUCUCCAAGCGCUUUCGUUUUAUUUGCAAGCUCAUGGAGACGAAUCCCACUCGGACGUGGCAAAGAGCUACGAUCGAUUGGGGACAUGUUUGGAAGAUCAAGAGAAGUACGAAGAGGCCUUGCCGUAUACUCAAAAGGCACUGGACAUUCGUUUGGAAGUAUGCGGUGAUUUGCACGAUGAUACGGCCAAAUCCUACAAUAGUGUGGGAAACAUCUUGUACAAGCAACGUCACAUGGAGGAAGCCAUGAAAAUGUACGAACACUCCUUGGCGAUUGAGCUAGAGAAGCAUGGAAACCACCAUUUGGAUGUGGCGGGUGUUUAUCACAACAUUGCCAAUGUUUUGAACAAGGAAGGAAGACUCGAAGAAUCCAAACAAAAGCACGAACAAGCGUUGGUCAUUCGACAGGAAACUUCGGAAUCGAAUCCACUCGAAGUUGCCGAUUCGCUCAUGGGCAUUGGAAAGGCCCUGACCCGUCAAGACAAGCAUGCCGAAGCCCAAAAGAAGUACGAAGAUGUCGAGGCGAUAUAUCUCGAAGUACAUGGCGAAGGUCAUGCAAAGGUAACCUCGGUGCGAAAACGAGUCGCCAAGGCUCUGCACCGUGCUGAUCAAGAACAGCAAAGGUUGUUGGUGGUUUGA